UUUGCUACUGCGGCCGGAGCCAUGAGUAUGCUCAGGCUUCAGAAGAGGCUUGCCUCUAGUGUCCUCCGUUGUGGCAAAAAGAAGGUCUGGUUGGACCCCAAUGAGACUAAUGAAAUCGCCAAUGCCAACUCCAGCCAGCAGAUCCGGAAGCUGAUCAAAGAUGGGUUGAUCAUCCGCAAGCCUGUGACUGUCCAUUCCCGAGCUCGAUGCCGGAAAAACACUUUGGCCCGCCGGAAGGGCAGGCAUAUGGGCAUAGGUAAACGGAAGGGUACGGCCAAUGCUAGAAUGCCUGAGAAGGUAACCUGGAUGAGGAGAAUGAGGAUUCUGCGCCGGCUGCUGAGAAGAUACCGAGAAUCUAAGAAGAUUGACCGCCACAUGUAUCACAGCCUGUAUCUGAAGGUGAAGGGGAAUGUGUUCAAAAACAAGCGGAUUCUCAUGGAACACAUCCAUAAGCUGAAGGCAGACAAGGCUCGCAAGAAGCUCCUGGCUGACCAGGCUGAGGCUCGCAGGUCAAAGACCAAGGAAGCACGCAAGCGUCGUGAAGAGCGCCUCCAGGCCAAGAAGGAGGAGAUCAUCAAGACUCUGUCCAAAGAGGAAGAGACCAAGAAGUAGAACGCCCCCCCUCUUGUCUGUACAUAGUGGCCUCCAUGACUGACGAUCAAUCAUUCAAAUAAAACAAGCCUUUAUCUG